AUAAUUUUGCCCUAUUAAAAGUUUCCAACUCCUUGCUUUGUGUUCUUUCUAUAUUCAAAUUAAUCGGCACAGAAAGUUGGCCAUGUCUCUGAAGUGGAAAUCAUUGCCAAGUCCAGAUCGUCGUUCUGGCAAAAACAUUUUUAACUCUACUGUCUUGUGUAAACAAAUUGGGCAGAUUCAUCAACGGACAACGAUAGCUUGAAACACCGGCAAAUGAAGCAAGCCUCUAUACUUUUCCCGAACGAUCGCUUAUCUUCAAGAGCUCAGAUUUCGAAGAGCUACUUUGUGCAGAGGUACUACUAGUACAUAGUACAGCACAGCAUGUUUAGGGCGAGAGCGAGGGUGGUGGCGAUCUACUAGUACCAGGAACACAGGAAGUCAGUCACGAGAAAAACGUCGAACAAGAUGGACGUACUAUGGCAGGCUCUGGCCGUUUUCGUGUUCUCUACAGUUGGUGUGAACGGACAACCAUCCCCAGAUGCUUGUGACAAGCCCCUAGGCAUGGAAAACGGAUUGAUUGGCAAUCAUCAAAUUCAAGCCUCUUCGUCCCAUGAAUCAUCCAGUGUUGGACCCAAUCACGGUCGGUUGAACUCUGAAGUUGGUGGAGGGGCAUGGUGUCCCAAAUAUUUGGUUCACAAUCGAUCCGAGCAAUUCCUAGAAAUUGACCUCGAGAAGCCCCACCGUAUCACGGGCAUCCUCACACAAGGUCGAUAUGGCAAUGGUCUGGGGAUGGAAUUUGCAGAGUACUACAGUGUGUCUUUCUGGAAUCCAUCCAUGACCGCGUUUCAGCGCUAUGCUGAUGAUGAGAAUGGAACCUGGCUAUUCAUGGCUAAUUCGAAUACCUACAGCAUCGCGACGAAUCGCUUAGCCAUGCCAAUUGUGGCGCAAAAAUUGAGGAUUUUGCCCUUCAGCGGACACCCACGAACAAUUUGCAUGAGGUUGGAACUGUUGGGAUGCUCAGUCAAUGACCAAGGUGUCACGAUUGACAAUCGGAAUGCAAGAAAUAACAAAACAAGAACAAGGUCAGACGAAGACCUGAUCCACUCGUCCCUGUCCACAGAAAUGACGGAUGGUGACAUUUCAACUAACGGCCAAGUUACCUUUGUCGAUCAGACCGACAAUUUGGCAACCAUGCCUUGGGACAUAUCUGGCUUGGUGGGGGUGGUUCUAGGAGUGGCUAUCUCUGUGGCUGUGGUACUCGUUGGGUUACUCGUGAUUGCUUACCGCCGAAGAUCCUUCCCACCCAAAUCGGGCACAAAUUAUGCUUCGAUUGAGAGCCUCACGUUCAGUGGUGGAUCACAACCCAGUAUUUCACCCAAGGAACGGGAAGUGGGAUCUUCGCCACCAUUCUUCAUCAUUCAAGAUGGCCCUAUCUAUAGCGAACCCAUCCACGGAAACACUUUAGAACGUACCAAACGGGAAUACUUUGGGUUGGAUAGCACCUUGAAACCCUCGCUGUCGUCGUUUAGCGCUCACUAUCAAAAUUUACAAGAAGGCACGCCUCCAUUGGAGCCAUGUGAUCGAUUCUUCCCGGAUUACGCCCAAGAUCAUGUGCCAGAAAACUUAUUCCCUCAAUUUUGGGCCAACACUAACGAGGUUCCCUGCUACGCUUGUACAGAAUUGCCAGCCAAUUUGAAAUCUAAGGCUGAGACUAAAAGUCUUGCCGGCGAGUCUGGAUUACCCAUUUACUCAAUUCCCGAGACAUUCGUCUCGUCAUCAUUAUCAACAUCGUCUACUACGUCGUCACCAUUUUCGACGGGAAGAAAAUGUUUUUAGGAAGCAAUUAUCCAGACAUUGCUGAGUUUAGACGAUGACUUCCUCGCUGGGAAAGAAAUUAAAACAUUUAGCUCUGAUUUCUAACGGCAUUGAGAGAAGGUCUAUUAUUCGUCCACCAUUUCCUACAUGAUAUGAUACACAUUGCAAUAUAUUUUGCCUCUGCCUCUGAAACGCUGUGGGAAUUUGCCAUCAUGUUGUAAUACAAUUGAGUUUUUUUUGUUUGUUA